AUGAAUUUUUUUUUUUAUACAAAAAUAAAAAAAGACAGUAUUAAUUUUGAGAGCAUCAAAAAUGAUGAAAUAAUAUUAAAUAUAUAUUUAAAUGAUAUAAAUAAUUAUAGUGGUGAUGCUUUUAAAGCAAUAUUUGAAUUGAAAGGGCCAAGUAAGUAUAUUGGAAACAUUAAGUUAGAUUAUAUUGUUAUAUAUAUAUAUGGAGUUUAUAUAUUUAAUAAAGAAGUAGUAAAUGUCUGUGAUGAAUUAAUAAAAAGGCAGGAUAAUGUCAAUUUACCUUUUUAUAAUAAAAAUGAUAUAAAAGAACAAAAAUUUUUAAUUUUCUACACAAAUUCUAUUAUUUUAUGUAGCGAUAUAAAAUUUGAAAAACCCAAUGAUACUUCAUACUAUAUUUUCGAAUGCAUUCUUCCUUCUUUCAUUCCACCCUCAUAUAAUGGAAGAAAUAUAAAAUUUAAAUAUUAUUUAUACGUUCAUUCAGUUAAGAGGUUAUAUAAAAAUAGAAAAGAUUUUAUAACAAAAGAUUAUAAAGCAUGUUUUCCUAUAAAUAUAUUAAGCUCAAAAUAUAUUAAUUGCCCUUUUUUAAAUAUUUUAUCAUUUCCUAUAAAACCAUUUAACUUAAAAUUGAACAACAAAAAAAAAUCGAAUUAUUUUUAUCAUAAUUUUCAUAUUAGAAUUAAUGAUGUAAACAGUAAAUGUACAGAUACUUUUCCCAGAGAUAUUUCUAAUAGUACAUUUAUUCCUUCAUAUAUUUAUAAUAAUACGAAAAAAUCAAAUCUAGAGAAUAUCCUUUGUAUUUACAACAUUUGUUCUCAAAGAAAAGAAGAUUCAUCUUUAUAUUUAUUAAACUAUUUUGUUAAUAAUUAUAACUAUUUUUAUUUUAUGCAUUUAUUUUUUUAUUUUAUUUAUCAUUAUAAUUACUAUGUUAAUAAUAUCCAAACGAUAAAAUUAUCUCAAAAUGUUAAAUUUGGCUCUUUUCUGAAAAGUUUACAAAAUCAUAAUUUUAUUCUUAAUAAUAAAGGUUCAUUAAAAAUUAGCUUAAAUAAAAAACAAAUUAAUAAGAAACAUAUAUUUAAUCAAUCAGAAGACGAUAAAAAAUUUGAGGAUUUUUUAUCAAAAGAAGGAUACAUAACUAAAAAUAAUUAUGAAGUUUCUCGUAUAAAUGAUGAUAUGAUCAUUACAUAUAAAGAUGAAUUCCAAAAUAUUCUUAACAAAACAAAUGUAAAAUUAAAAAAAAAUGAAGAUGAGAAAAAAAAAGAAAAGAAUUUGAAUAAUCCCAUUGAUAACUUCAUUUUAUAUGAUGACAAUGAUUUAUAUGAUUUAUAUUUUUGUAAUUAUGACAGUUUUGUAUUUAAUGAUAUAAAAUAUAAUCCUGUGAAAUGGUAUGAUAAUUUAGUUUUUGAUAAUUUGGAGAAUUCAACUUAUUCUGAGAAUUAUUACAUGCAAAAUAGUAACAGUAAUUUUAGUGAUAUAAAUUAUGAAACUCCUUCAAAUUUAAAAAGUGAUAAUAAUAAUUCUUAUAGUUUAGAAGAAGAAAAUGAUGAAGAAAUAUCUUAUAAAAAAAAAAGUAGUAAAAAAAAUGAAGAUGGAGAUAAUCAUUCUAAAUUUAUUGAAAGGAGAACAAUUAAUAAUCUUAAUAAUGAAAAGGAAAAAAAAUUAACUGAAAUUCACUUAAUUAAUGAUGAAAAAAAAAACCUUAACAGAGUAGAGAAUAAAAAAACUUCAGAAAAUAACUUUAUAAAAUAUGAUAAAAAUUUUGAAAAAAUAGAUACCAUAAUAAAAUUUUUGAUUGAUAGUGGUAUGUUUAAAUGCACAGAUACAAAAAAAAUGAAAUCAUCUAUUUUGUUAAAUGAGAUUGUGGAUUUUUCAAAUAAUAAAAAUGAAGAAAAAAAUCUUAUUAAUAAAGUAUCAAAAAAUGUGUAUCGUAUAAAUUCAAGAAAUAAAAAUAUUUGUUAUAUUACUUUAAUCGAUGCAAAUAAUAACAAAAUAGCUAACACAUUUACUUGUAAUAGCAUUAUAAAUAUAAAUUUAGAUUUUAGAAAUGCAGAGAUAUCUACUGUGCAUAUCGAUGUUUCAUUAAAAAGAGCUGAAAAAAUAAAAAUGAAAAAAAAUCUAUUAAAUAUAACAAAAAAAAACUUAUAUAAUGAAAAUAACACAUUAGAAGGUGAUUCUUCCUUUAAUUCAGAUAAUUCAUCAUGCGAUUUUUUUUCAAGUUGCAAAACAAUAAUACAACAAAGUGUAUGCACACUACACUGUUCUGAAAAAAAUAUAAGCAUUAUAUUAAAUGAAGAAGUCAUACCUACAUUUAGAAUUGAUCUUGUAAAAAUUGAAUAUUUCAUUGAUAUAGAUUUUUAUUGUUUUAAUAAUGAUACAUGCUCAUUAUCUCCUCUUUCUCUCUAUAAAGAAUUUGAAAAUGUUUAUAAUUUAAAAUUUCUUAUUCCUAUAUAUAUAACAGAAAGAACACAUGAAAUAUAUGAAAAUGAUCCUUAUUUUGAUGAUUUAGUAAGUAAAAUUAAAAUAGAUGAACAUAAAAUGUUUUUAAAACAUAAUUAUAAAUUUACCUAUACGGAUAAAAAACAUUUUAUAAAAAGUUUAAAAAUGUAA